AUGGCCGGCGAAGACGGCUCCGUUGCUAAUGGCGACGAUUCGUCGUCUUCCUCGUCAUCCUCAUGGACUGCAGCCUUGCACGCCAACGAAAUAAUGGAUUACCCCUUCUCUCUAGACGCUUUGCGAAAAUGGAUGAUCGCUUUCGUCGUUUGUGACUUCAAUGUCGACAUUGGUGUCGAAGUGGAAUACAUGUUUCCUUCAACUCAAUUCUCGCAAACAGAUCUUCAAACCAUAUGUUUUAGCAGCUUCCCCGAGCGUGUAAAUUCAGAUACAAUCGAAGACUCGGCCUUUCACUUCAAAUUCCGCCAUUCGUCGCCCGAAGUUCCUUGUGAGCCUACAGACGACGACCCUGGUUACUGGUACGGUUUUUGUUUAUUCCGCCAACAACGCGAUACCUCCGUCAAGCGAAAUUACCGUCAGAAAUCUCUUGUAUUAGUCUCACAACAUGAUUUUGCACCAUUAUUUGCCCACCUCGUAAAAACAAUAUCAACAUUAGAUUUUGCAGUGAGCCCUACGCUCAUAGAGUCAGCAUGUUCGAAUAUAGCUGCUUGGGCGGGUCCAGAGGCCGGAGUACAAGAAUUGCCGUUUUUGGGCUCACUGCUGGAUGUUCAUAUACCUCCUCAUCCUUCGUUUCCAUUACAAGGCCGUGUCACUGCCUCUACUUCCAGAACAGACGUUAGAGUGGAAUACAAAGAGAUCCACACAUCUGAACCCCUCGGUUCUUGGGCAAGGCUUGCACAGCUUCUCACGUCAAUUUCAGAGCUAUAUAUUAUUUUUGAACGGGUCUUACUAUCGGAACCAUUGGUAGUCUUAGCAGAUGAUCCAAGGACCUGUAGUGAAUUUGUUUCUGCGGCCGUUGAUUUAAUUCGCCCAAUACCAUUUGGUGGUGAUUGCCGACCAUAUCUCACUAUGCAGUCAGAUUUCUUCUUAAAUGGCCAUGAGGUGAUCCCAUUUCGUCAUUACCUAAUAGGUAUCACAAAUCCAUUUUUCUUAAAAAGGGUUUUGUCGCAGGGGAAAGAUAGUGCUUCUCCUCAUGUUGUUUACUUGUCGGCCCCGGAAGUAAAUGAGCGCGAGUUCACAAACAACUUUAUUACCAACGACAUGAAAGGAUCGCUUGCUAAGGACUUGGUAUUUUUGAGGAAAUUGGAGCAUUAUUUGAAGGAUGAGGAAACAACACCGCAGGAAUGCGGGCGUUUCGUCCGACGUCACUUUGCACUCCUUUCAGCGUUGUUCUUGGCACCCUUAAACCGGUACCUCGCAACCCUGACCACGCUCUCGCCAAACUCGAGGAUGAUUGACAUUGCAAACUUCUCGGAGGAGGAUUUCUUAACCAGUCUUUCGAAAUACGGGUGCCAGGUGCAGUUUAAGGGGAAGACUAGCUUCCACAGACACAGAGCUGCGGAGGCCUUCUACCGCAAGUUCUGCCGAAGCCCGGGCUUUUUCAGAUGGCUACAGAUGAAGAUUAGACUCCAGAUGGCCGACGGGGACAACAGUAAUGACGGUGUCUCGCCGGCCAGUGGCUUUAGGGAGAAGACUGUAGAUGGCGUGCAGACUUGA